AAUAAGGUCACAUGUACCACCUAGCUAUCUGCGUUAUAUGUGUUAUCUAGUGUAAUACAUCCAUGCCAACCUAUGCUGAUUUAAACAUGGCACACAGGGGUAGUAUUUUGUAUAUUGCAUUAUCCAUCGCAAUUCUUCCGUUUUCAAAAGCAGUUACUUCCAACACUAACCUGAUCUACAAAUGUCAAACAAAUGGGUGGGACAUCCGGCUGGAUAUUACGUCAUUUGGUUAUGGCGUGACGUCGUCAACUGCUGACGACGUUUCCCUUGGGACAGUUACCUGCAAAGGCAGAAUGGAAGGUCAUGACCUGGUAUUCAGAUACCCGUAUGAAGCCUGCAAAACAGAUAUCUCGAUCAGUAAAGAAAGGGUUUGGUUCACGAACACCUUGCAAAUGGUGAACUCCAGUGCGGCAGUAGGCGUGGUCGCCCCACCCGCCUGGAACAUCCAGGUUGCAUGUUACAUGGCCGACGUACAGACACCACGAGUACGGUAUACUCCACUGCGUAUGUCCACUCAACGUGGAGUCAGACAGGCAACCGACCAACCGCCCACCGUGCACCCUGCAACAACUCCGGACGCAACAAACUACCAACGCACCGCUACAUACGAACAAUCGACAGGAGAUGGGUCUGGGUCACACACAACCCGGAAGCCUGUUGUGCCAUCUGUGUGCAACGUUUGCAGCGGUGGAACAUGCGGUAUUAUCCCCGCCAUGGAAAAGACGCAGACGUGCACGAGGACGGAGCCAUUCUGCAUGAACUCAGUUAAGAAGGAUGCCCAAGGACAUACAACAUACGUGAAAGAGUGCGCCGGACAGAAUCGUUGUGAGAGGCUAUGGUGGGAGCAGACCUCUGAUGACCAGAGGUGUAUCCCGUUCAACCCGGGCUACACUGGAGACCUCGAGUGUCAUUACUGCUGCACAACAGACGGCUGUAACAAAGUCUUCGUCCCUAGCAAGGCUACGCUGUACAAAGGAAAGGAUUAAUAGUUAAUAUAUAGUCAGGUGUAUUUUUUUUAAUAAUAAUUUUUUUUCACCACCGAGCAUGAUAACCACAUUUACCAAAAAAAAAAUCACAAUUGUUUCUAUGCCUGAUACAGAUUUAAACGAGAAAAGUGACCUCACAUAGUAUCUAUAUAGCUUCACCGGCACGACAAGCAGUGUGUGAAAAUUGCAAAAAAUAUAAAUUUGUAAUUUAAAUUUUUUCUCACCCUAUUGACCCUCUUGUUGUUUAAAAAAAUCAAUAAUUAAAGGGUCUAUUUUAUCAUUUAUUUUACCACCGACCCAAGAAGAAUAAAUCCGAAAACCAGCAUAUUAGAAAUACGCCUCAGUGAGUGCUGCACAACAAUGUCAACAAUAUUCCAGCUUUUAUAUAAACUGUAAGUCGUAGCAGUUAUAAAACGUGGAUCUUGUUUUAGUAGAAUUAUUACUUAGCUUGUUGUGUCUUCUCUCUAUUAUUAUGAUUAAUUGUGAUUAAACUCUAAAUAUGAAA